AUGGGUCCACCGUUGACCACAUGGCCUUACAGCCAUCCCAGAAUAAAAAGGGAGAGAGAAGAGGAGGAGGAAGACAGUGCUGGAAAAGUGUUCAGUGAUAGUAACAUUUACAGAAAGUGUUCAAUAUUUAAUCUCGUUAAUAAUUUUCGUGUAAUAUGUUUAAAUUUUACGGUUGUUUUAAUAUUUUUCCAAGUGUUUUUUAAUUUGCACUCGGUACAAGCCGGUCCAGUGAUACUUGGUCUGGAUUAUUUACAAGGUCCAGUGCCUCUAGCUAGAAAUAUAAGACACUUGCCAUGCAUAUCAAGACGAUCAGGCCAAGAAGGAAUGUGUAUGUUUGCCAUAGACUGCCUCAAAGCAAACGGCACUCAUUUAGGAACAUGCAUUGAUCGAUUCUAUUUUGGUUCAUGUUGCCAAGUUCCUGAUAAAACUGUGAUUCCACAGGUAGUUGAAAACAAUAUUGAUGAUAACUCAAUAGAUGGUGCGAAUUUCGUUCAUCCGCAGACCGAAGAUAAAGAUCAAAGCUUUGUAAAUAAAAUUCCAAGUAACAAAGAAAAAGAAGAUAUAGCGAAAAAGCCAUCUACGGAAAAAGUUACAGAAUAUAGUACAGAAUCGCAUGUAUCUGAAGCGGAUAUAUUAGAGACAAAGUCAGAUGAACAAACAACUCUCGAUAACAAAAUUGAAAACGAAGGUGUUAAAUUACCCACAACAGUUACAGCAAAUUUGGCUCAAAAGCAAACUACAAAGAUAAUAUCACAGACUUCUGAUGUAACGAUCACAGAAAUACCCAUGAAAUUUUCAACGUUCCAGACAGUAUCUGGAGGUAUUGGUAAUAUAGAAACAGAAAAAAUAAAGGAUAAUGAAGCAGACACUUUUGUUUCGACCACACAAACAACCUCUAAACCAAUUACGUCAACCACUACAAUAGCUAGCACGAAGCCUUAUGUGUCUAGAAAACCUAUAAAACCCACAUAUAAGCCAAGGCCAACAUAUCGACCAACAACUAAUUUUACAAAACCUCAAUACAGUCAAAAUGGAAAGCCAAGACCAACAAAACCUCUAUCAGUUUUUAACACAACCAGAAAACCUCCAUAUAAAACGCCACCAAAAAGGCAUUCAACUAAAAAACCUUUACCGUCACCACCGAGAUUAAAUAUAACUAUAUUACCUCAAUCAACCAGUACACGGCCAAUUUUUACUAGACCUUCUGCGCCUGCCAUAACUUAUAUUAACACGACUGUUUCUAAAACUGAAGAAGUCUCUACUUCAACCAUUACAAUUCCUAGUACUAAAACAACGACGACUACUUCGACAAUAAAAACCACAGCUUUCCCAACUGAACAAGUACCAGAAGUUACUGAGACAACUGUUUCUGAAUCUUCACCAACAACAACUUCUUCGACCGAAGCCGUAACAGAAAAGUCAACAGAGAAGGGUAUAAUUAUGACAACAGAGGUAUCCCAAGAUACUAUACGACCUGAAUCAGAUAAAGAGGCGAUUGUAACCACAGAAGCAAUAAUGGAAAACGAUACUGUUAAACUGACCACCAACUUUGAGACAACUACCGAAAUGGCAACGACUACGCCUGAGUUGAUAGCGUCAUCGGAAUCCCCAACUUUGGUUACGGGCUCAAGCACAGUAGAUGCGACAACUAAAACCCCUGAAGUUGUUACUACAUCUUCCGAUGAAGAAUGGUCCCCAAUAACUCCACCGGAAGGCUGGGUACUAAUAUCAACAAUGCAGCCGAAGCCUGAGACUACAGCCUCGAGUCCAACAACAACUUCAACAACAACUUCAACAGCAGCUUCCAUAACAACCCCAACAACAACCAAAUCAACCCCAACUACCACAAAAACAACCCCAACAACAACCACAACAACUUCGUCAACAACCGAAAUAAUCCCAACGACAACCACUACCACUACCACUACAACAACAACUACACCCACUCCUUCAACCACUACAACAACUACAGAACAAAUAACUACGAUCAUCCAAGAAACUGCACCUACACAAUCUGUUAUCUCAGAAUUAACGUCACCCAUCACAGAAUCAACAACAACCCAGCACACAACUGCAUACGUCCCCCCUAGUCUAUCUCAAUCACCAAUUACUAUAACUAUCCCGUCGGCAACAGAAUCAUCAACUUCAACAUCAACAACAACCUCAACGCUACAAAGCUCAAAAGUGCCAGUAACUCCACCUACAUCUUUGCCAACAACUGAAGCACCAAUUGUGGAGUUUACUGUAAACGUGACACUGUCACCAACUGUACCUAGCCCUACGUUGAGCGUGACGUCAGAAAAUGCUACAACAACAGCUUCGCCGAGUUACGCUACAGACGUCACCACACUUGAACCGUCUGAAAAUGAAACUACAACUUCGUCUCCCAAUGUGACGUCCUCGACAACGCUGAGCACCGAAACAAUCAACAUGUCUGAUUAUAGAGAUGUGUGUGGGCGACGGCUUUGGCCGCAGGGGCGCAUCGUUGGCGGCACCAAGUCGAGCUUCGGCCAAUGGCCGUGGCAGAUAUCGCUACGCCAAUACAGGACAUCUACGUAUCUUCAUAAGUGCGGCGCCGCACUUUUGAAUGAAAACUGGGCAAUCACCGCUGCACAUUGCGUUGAACAUGUACCGCCUUCAGAGCUACUAGUUCGUCUCGGCGAACACGACCUGGCGACUGAGGACGAACCCUACGGUUUCGCUGAGCGGCGUGUACAGAUUGUAGCCAGCCAUCCGCAUUUCGACCGAAACACUUUCGAGUACGACCUAGCACUGCUUAGGUUCUACGAACCCGUGACGUUCCAGCCGAAUAUUCUGCCGGUAUGCGUGCCGGACAACGACGAUGACUACGUGGGCAAGACUGCAUACGUCACCGGUUGGGGCAGGCUCUACGAUGAGGGUCCGUUGCCUACCGUACUGCAAGAAGUGCAAGUACCGGUGAUCAACAACACCGCGUGCGAAGCGAUGUACCAAGCUGCCGGAUACACGGAGCACAUUCCCAAUAUCUUCAUCUGCGCGGGCUGGAGGUCGGGUGGUGCGGACAGUUGUGAAGGCGACAGCGGGGGUCCGAUGGUGGUGCAGCGGGAGCGCGACGACCGCUUCGUGCUGGGCGGCAUCAUCUCGUGGGGCAUCGGCUGCGCGGAGCCCAACCAGCCCGGCGUCUACACGCGCAUCUCCGCCUUCCGUGACUGGAUCAACCAGAUACUGCAGUUCUAG